AUGAAAUCAUGGGGAACCCAAAAUGAAAGUGCUGUAACAGAGUUUAUACUAUUGGGUUUUCCAGAGGCAAAACAAUUAUGCAAACUUCUCUUUAUAUUUUUUUUAACCACCUAUAUUCUUACAGUAGCAGGGAACUUAAUUAUCAUCUCCAUUAUUCAAGUGGACUAUUCUCUCCACCACCCCAUGUAUUUUUUUCUCAGUAAUUUUGCCUUUAUGCAAAUUUGGUACACAACGGUGACUGUACCCAAAUUACUUUAUGGUCUUUUUGUGAAAUGCAACACAAUUUCAAUGGGAGCGUGCUUUGCUCAGUGUUACUUUUUCUUUUUACUUGGAGGAAUAGAGAACUUUUUAUUGGCCAUCAUGGCAUAUGAUCGAUAUGUUGCCAUCUGUUAUCCUUUGCGAUACAAUAACAUUAUGACCUCAUCAUUUUGUUGGAAACUAGCAUUUGGCUGUUGGGUAGGCAUUUUCAUUGGCUCUUUGCUUCCUGUUAUUUUCUUAGCAAGGCUGAAAUUUUGUGGUGAGAAUACUCUCAACCAUUUUUUCUGUGAUGUAUCCCCUCUUUUAAAACUUUCCUGCUCAGACACGUCUCUUCUUAAAUCAUACUUUUUCAGUCUUAUGUGGGUCAUAGUAUUUGGUACCCUUGCCUUUACUUUGGUUUCAUAUAUUAACAUAAUUUCUGCCAUCAUGAAAAUUCCAUUUACUACUGGCCGCCAGAAAGUAUUCUCUACUUGCGGAUCCCACCUGACAGUGGUGAUUCUAUAUUAUUGUGCCAUUAUAUUUAUGUAUGUUCGACCCAGGGAAAGCUACUCAUUUCAAGAGGAUAAAUGGAUCUCUGUUUUCUAUUCCAUUGUAACUCCACUGUUAAAUCCAUUUAUUUAUUGUUUGAGGAACAAAGAAGUAAAAAAUGCUUUACAGAAAAUAGUGAAAAUAAAGAUUUUUUAA